AUGGCCCAUCCAAGCCACCUCGAAUCACAAGCCAACAGUUCCUCACCCAGCUCCCUCAAUAGCAAUGAUAUUAGAACUUUAGAUUUAAAUACAGAAUCCUCUGGCUCUACCCGCCCUCGUCAUAAAGUACACGGGUGCCGAUCUAUGUUCAGUUCAAUCAAGGCUCCUGUCAUACCAAAGAGUGCUCUGCCACGAAGCCCUUCUCAGUCCAAAUCACGAGCCGAAAGUGCCCCUCCACCGGCCUCCACCAGUGCGAUUCAGCCACCAGCUGUUAUCGAGGUACCGGAGCCUUGUGACCUUCCACCCAUGCUGAAUGAGACGAAGUAUGAGCUUGUUACUUGGUUCCACGAGCUCCAAUGGAUACACUCCGAGCGUCAUAAACGAUUCGGCUAUGGGGAGAGUUUUACGACAUAUGUGACACGCACAUGCGACCGCGAGAAUUUUAACUUGACGCUGAUGGCUCCACCCCUGCCUAGCUCGGUAGAGAACUCCGGCCUUAUUCUUCUACCGAGCUAG